GAGGGCUUUCACAUUCCGUCGUCGGCUGCAGGCAUUUUGACGCCUCGCCAACUUUUUGCUGUUGCGCUGCGCUGCCGUCAUUGGCGCGCCCGCUGCACUUUGAGUAUCGCAUGCUACCUCGCUAGUACACUACCUAGAUGGGGAGAACCUCCGCAUGCCAUCACAAACCUCGAAAGGUGGACAAAGGCGGUAUCAAAAGACGGAUGCCAAGCAAAGCACUCACUCGCUUGCUCAGCAUCGCCUCGCAUCCGGCACUACAGGGCUUCAUAUCACGCAUCACUUUGCCAGACUAGUAACGCACCACAUCACGAUGCAAGCACAAGACGAUGCUGA